AUGCCGACAAAUAUCUUCGUAUCAAGUGCAAUUGAUUUGACACUUGAUCUUUCGAUAAAAUCAUUAUCGUCAUCAUCGAAACGAGCAAUGUCAACCGUGGAAAAUACUUCAGCAUCAUUAACAACUUCUGAUCCUGGUGGUGGUGAAGGUGGUAAUUCAACAACAGAUAUCGAUGAAAUAAAAGUAUUUGAAUGUGAAAAACAUGAAGAAGAUAUGGAUAUUGAUGGAGAUGACAAUAGUGAUCGGCUUUCACCUGUUAUUAAGGACGAAAUAGAAUCAUCACCCCAGCAAAUAUCAGCAGCAGCAGCGAUAAAUCUUUCCGAUCGUUUAAACAGUGAACAACAAACUCAUAGUUUCUUUCCAUAUUUUAUAUCGCCAUAUUAUCAUGCUAAUAAUACAAUUCCAUCAUUUGACAAAAUGGCUUCAUUAGAAUCAUUAUCAAAAUUUAUGUCACCACCACCAGCUCACAUAACUAAUUCCAAUAUAUGUACUGAUCAAACUACAGGUAAAGUAAAUCAGUCUAUUAUUUAG